GUGGCGUGCGUCUACGCUGUAGAUAAGCCGUACGAGAUCGGAGCUCGUCCGACAGAGGAGCCGAGACCGCCCGAAGAUUAUCUGCCAAUGCCGAGAAUGCUCAACGACGUUGUCGAUAUUAAAGUCAACUGCGACGUAGAGGCCAAUACGAUGACGGUGAACAUUGCCUUCGAGCGGCCCUUCGAGGGUGCUUUGUUCGCUAAAGGCAACUACAAGGUCGAGCAAUGCCGAGUAACUGCGACACCGGGCAGCAAAGAGACCGUGCUCGUUCUUCCCUUGGAUGGCUGCGGUGUGGCUCUAGAUCAAGCCGGUGAGGGGUACGAUGCACGCACCUUCUAUAACAGCACCGUCAUCGUGAUGGCAGAGUUUGCUUGGGGCAUCCUCGAGAUGGGAGAUCGCGCCUACGAUGUCUCGUGCAGGUUCGGGGGCACGCAGAUCGACACGUUAGAGUUCAACAUGCAAGUCCCAAACAUUAGCCCCAAUACGGUGACGUCAUCACCCAUCACGUUCAGCAGUUGCAACAUGAAGAUCGUACAAGGCAGAAAUCCGCUCGUGACGUCAGUCAAUGUCCUUGAUCUUGGGGACAUCGCCACUCUAGUGUUCUGGGUUGAUAAUCAAGGCGUCUUCGAUCUCUCCGUGUUCGAUUGCUACGCCCACGAUGGCAUGCAGAUGUCGCGGCUCGAGCUCGUCGAUGAAGCAGG